AUGGAUAUCUCUCUCUUUUCGCGGCACAUAUUUCCUUCAUAUUCUCUUGCCUCUCCUCCUUCCCAUCCUCUGUUGUCAUUUCCAUUGAAUAGAGUUUCUUCUACUUCUCAUUCUUAUCUUUCAUUUUCCUUCUUCAUUCCUCAAACCCGAAAAUGCUCAUUCUGUGGCUUUAGAACCCUCAAGCUCCAGACGUUCUGUUCUUACCAAACAGUCCAACUUGAAUCUGAAGAACCAGAAAACACCCAAUUUGCGUACAAGACCAAAAGGAAGAAGAGAAAGCUAAAACCCAGCUUUUAUGAACAAAUUCGUGAUCGAUGGUCUCAGAAAAUUGGUUCUCAGAGAGCUAAGUUUCCAUGGCAAGAAGAAGAAAAAAAACAACGACAGGAGGAGGACGAGGAGGAAAAACCUGAAGUGGAAGAAAAGGGAGUAGAACUGGCGCUGGCUGACCCAAUGAGUUUUGCUUUAGGGAAUCGCUCAGUUUCAGCUCCCUGGACUCAUGGAAGCAAACCCAGUAGAACCAAUUCCUACUCUGCAACUGAAAUUGAUCAGAGCACGUUGAGUGGUUUGGGAGAAUUUACUGAAAUUCGGGAGUUUUCUGAAAAGAAUGGCCCUAGUAUGACUGUAAUCCAGAACAAUGGAAGUCUUGAGGAAGAAAAAGGAAAUGACAAAUAUAUGGGUUCUGUUGCUAAUGUUGAUGCACCGCCACUUGAUCUAGCAGAGGAGGAAUUAAAUGUCUUUAGUGAGGAGCGGUCUGGUUCCAAAGAAAGUGUUGGCGUUCGAGUUGGCUCAAGUGAUAAUAGGGACCUGAUUCGGUUACCAUGGGAGAGGGAGAGUCGUUCAGACUCUAUUGACCAAGACAGGCGGAGAAGGAACCAUACCGUACUGGCAGACAAGAUGGUUCCUGAAGCUGAAUUGCGGAGGCUGAAGAAUUUGGCCUUGGGGAUGAAGCUGAGGAUAAAAGUUGGAGCAGCAGGUGUUACGCAGGCUUUGGUGGAUUUCAUUCAUGAAAAGUGGAAGAUAGAUGAAGUGGUGAAACUAAAAUUUGAAGGGCCGCCUGCACUAAACAUGAAAAAGAUCCAUGAAGCUUUAGAGAGUAAUACUGGAGGUCUGGUGAUCUGGAGGUCUGGCAGCUCACUUGUGUUGUACAGAGGAAUGGCUUAUGGGCUCAUUUGUGUGCAUUCCUAUAGCAAACAGAAUGAAGCUAUUCAAAAUAUUGCCUGUCAUUCGAGAGAUUCAAAGAUUGGUGCCUUCGUGAAUGUAGGAGUAAAUGAUCUUAUCAAGACUAAGGAACCAUCUAGUGCUGGUCUUUUAGUAUCCUCUACUGAUUUGUCUGAGGAAGAACUCAUGGAUAGAAGUGAUAUUGCCAAUUUGUUAGAUGAACUGGGUCCACGUUUCAGCGAUUGGUCUGGCCGUGAUCCACAGCCUGUUGAUGCAGACUUGCUUCCUGGGGUCAUUCCUGGCUAUAAACCACCGUUCAGGCUCCUUCCUUAUGGGAUAAAACAUUGUCUUGGCAACAAGGAAAUGACAAUGUUCCGAAGGCUUGCCAGAACGGUGUCCCCUCAUUUUGCAUUAGGAAGAAACAGGCAACUACAAGGCCUGGCCAUGGCUAUGGUGAAACUGUGGGGAAGGAGUGCUAUUGCAAAAAUAGCCAUCAAACGUGGUGUACAGAAUACCUGCAAUGAGAGAAUGGCAGAAGAACUCAAGAAAUUAACUGGGGGAACACUUGUCUCUAGAAACAAGGAAUAUAUUGUCUUUUACAGGGGCAAUGACUUCUUGUCACUUGCUGUUACGGAGGCAUUGUUAGAAAGACAGAAAUUAGCAGAACUCCAGCAAGAUAAGGAAGAGCAAGCACGACAGAAGGCUUGGCUUGUAAUUGUUUCAAAUGUCAAGGCUCCAAGAGGUCCAUUGGUUGCUGGUACCCUAGCUGAGAGCAUGGCAGCAGAUGCUCGUUGGGCAAGUCUACCAAGCAGUGAGGAAAUGGAGAAAAUGAGGAAAGAUGCUGCUCUGGCCAGACAUGCUUCACUAGUCAGCUACCUUGAGAAGAAGCUGAAGCAUGCACAAGAGAAAGUCAGGAAGGCAGAGAAAGCUUUAGGAAAAGUGCAGGAGUUUCUGACGCCAGCAGAGCUCCCUACUGAUUUAGAAACCAUAACUGAUGAGGAGAGAUUUUUGUUUCGUAAAAUUGGUCUGAGUAUGAAACCCUUCUUGCUUCUAGGGAGAAGGGAAGUUUUUGAUGGUAUUGUGGAGAACAUGCACUUGCACUGGAAGCAUCGGGAGCUUGUGAAGAUAAUUGUGAAAGGAAAAAGUUUUGCACAAGUCAAGCACAUUGCUAUCUCUCUUGAAGCUGAGAGUGGUGGAUUGUUAAUUUCUUUGGAUAAAACUACCAAAGGUUAUGAAAUUGUCAUCUAUCGUGGGAAGAACUAUCAACGCCCAGAUGCAUUGAGGCCCCGGAAUCUAUUAAGCAAGAGGCAAGCAUUAGCCCGAUCCAUUGAGCUUCAGAGGCGUGAGGCUCUGAAUCAUCAUAUCUCAGAACUACACCAUAGAAUUGAGAUGCUGAAAUCUGAACUGGAUCAAAUGGUCGCUAUCAAGGAUCCUGGGGAUGGAUCAUUUUACUCUAGGUUGACUGAUGCUUAUUCAGAUGAUGAUGAUUAUUCAGAUGAUGAUGAUGAUAUGGAGGAGGAAGGUGAAGAGGCAUACCUUGAUACUUAUUAUGCUAGUGAUGAGGAUGGUGUCACCGAAAAUGAGAGAUUUCAUGUCUGACAAGGAAUCAAUGCCAUGAGGUCCAUGACUUACCCAUUCCAAUUGGAGCUUGAAAGAGUAGUCGGACAGAGGGUAAGAAGAUUGAUUAAUCCAUUUGUACCGUGAGGAAGAUUGCAUGAGAUCAUGAAAAGAGUUAAAAGCAUUUCAAAUUUAUCUUAUAGAUCUCUGUAUUUAAUCAAUAGUGAAUGCUUCAUAUGUCGGGCUUUGACUUGAGUUUUGUUUUCUGCGUCACGCCAAAAUUGCCAUCUUGUACUGGCACAAUUUGAGGUUUCAUAACUGUUGGUUCAAUGUAAUACAGAGCUAUAAUAGAGUUUUCUUAUUGUAAUGUACUGCUACUUACGGUGAUAUCAGUUGGUCUCAGCCAUCUAAAGAGUUACUUUCUUGCUGGAACUGCAUAGCUUUUUAGCAAUCACUCAUGGUAUUUUAAGUGGAAAAAGUGAAUACGGAAUUGCAUGGUGUU